GGGCCGGCAGCUCGGGGCACCCACCGCCCGCCCCGCCCGCUGCCGCCGCUGCACCGGCACCGGCCCGGGGAGCCGGGGACGCGGCGGGGCCGGCGGCGGCUCCAUGGCGUCCCCGCGGGCGGCGGAGCUGCGGAGCCCGGGCGAGACGGCGGCGGCGGCGGCGGGCGGGGGCGGCCCGGCGGGUCCCGGUGCGGGCCCGGGGCUGGCGCUGGCGCUGGGCUGCGCGCUGAGCGGCGCGGCGCUGGUGGUGCUGGCGGGGGCCGUGCCGCGGGCGGCGCGUCCCGACCCGGCGGUGCCGGCGCGGCAGAUGGAGCGGCUGGAGGCGCGGGCGGCGCGGCUCCGCGCCCGCCUCGACCGCUGCACCGUGGCCGGGCUGGCGUUGCUGGCCCUGGGCGGGCUGCUGCUCGCCGCCCUGCUGCUGGCCGCCGCCGCCGCCCGCCGCCGCGCCCGGGCCGCCCGCCGCACCGGCGGCACCUACGGCUCGGUGCGCCUGCGGAUGCGGAGGGUGUCGGCCGAGGGGACGCGGGCGCUGCUGGAGAGCCAGCUCAGCCCCCCGCCCCAGCCCCCCGAGGGGCCGGGCUCCUAG